UUAUUGUACGUUUAAGCAAGUUAGGUAAUUUCUCUUCGUUUUCCCCUCGAAAAUCAUGACUAUCUUACCGAAAAAGAAACACCCAGACGGAAAAAAGAACGAGGGGAAUACAACCAAUGAUUUAAGACAUUCUAGAUCGCGAAAUAAUUGUGCUAGAACGAGCGGUGAACGAACGAACAGAUCAGCUGAUGAGAUAAACGAAAGCAGUGUGUAUCGAGGUGGAAAUUUAGAACUUCGUGGUACUUCUGAGAGCUCUAGUAACGGAAAAAGACGCUAUAGGAAUUCGACUAACGAUUAUAGACGCCGAGACGAGGCAGGGUAUAAUAGCGAGGAUGAAUACGAUGUGUGUAAUAGCGACGAACAGCCCACGGAAGAGGUCGAGAAACAUUUUGAAAAGAUCUUAAAAGAAAAGAAGGGUUUCGUAAUAAAAAAGACAGUAGAAGAUGGGGCUUGUCUCUUCAGGGCUGUGGCCGAUCAAGUCUAUGGUGAUCAAGAGAUGCAUUCAAUUGUUAGGAAACAUUGCAUGGACUACAUGGUUAAAAAUGCAGACCAUUUCUCGCAAUAUGUAACUGAAGAAUUUGAUGAAUACAUCAAAAGAAAACGGGCAAAUAAUUGUCAUGGAAACAACAUUGAAAUGCAGGCUUUAAGCGAAAUGUAUAAUCGGACAAUUGAAGUGUACCAAUAUAGUUUAGAACCCAUUAACACUUUCCAUGCUUCCUAUCAAUCUGAUUACGAACCCAUUCGUGUUAGUUACCAUGGUAACAUCCACUAUAAUUCUGUUAUUGAUCCAUAUAACCCAUCUGUUGGUGUUGGAUUAGGAUUGGCUGGAUAUAACCCUAAGCUGGCAGAUAAGAAAAACCUCCACGAAGCUGUGAAAAAAUCUGAAGAACCCUUGAUUGAGCAGGAAAUGUUGCAGGAUAAACUGCGAGCAACAGAUUGGGAAGCGACGUAUGAAGCGAUGGAAGAAGCUGUUGCAAGAGAAUCGUACUUGGAAUGGUUGAAGGAAAACGAAAGGAGAUCUAGAAAAGUGCAACAUUCCAAAGGUUCUUCGGGCGCCACGAGUAGUAGUACAUCAACGGUCACCUCCGGUGAAUCUUCACGAAAUCGCAAUAUAUCGUCGCCCACUCGGGCGGAACCGGAUAGUCCUCCUCCUAACAAAUCUCCUCGUCACUCUCCACCAGACUCCCCGAAACCAUCACGAGCGAACUCUCCGAAAAUCACUUCGUCUGAUGUUUGUAGUAUUAUAACGUCAUCCAGUGUGGUUACGGUUUGUUCAAAUCAAUCUAAAUCGCCAACGUAUGUGAACACCUCACCAAAAAGUUGUUACUCGGAGGGGACUAGUUCUAGGUUUACUGAAUACGGGCCUGGGGACUACGGCUCUACAGCUUUUGGUUGGGAGGAUGAGGAGGGUCUGCUAGCAGCCGUACUUGCAGAAUCACAGAAAGAAUAUUUAGACAGUUUAAAACGCAAUAUGAAAGACCAUGAUACGAAUAGCAAAUCAUCAACGAAGAAUUGAUGAAGGGCGACCAAGCCUAUAGAGCUUUUAAUCUGCGAUAGCCAUCGCCUCAGAGUAAAAUUUCUUGCUAUAGGUUUCCGGCAUAUUGGGCCGCACAGUGUGGAAUGCACACGGUAAAUAAUGGGUUUUUAAUCAUACGGUCAGCGCGAAGCUGGGUGUCGAAUAGACGCGUUACUGGAAGGAUACAAUUGCGGAUGAACAUCCUAUAAUAUCAGCUGAGGCUGGACUUGUAUAUACUACAAUAGUCAAAUGUCCAUUCAUCCUUUUGUGUUUUGCAUUAUAUCCCCACAGCGAGACUGCAGCUAGCGUAAUAAGAAUAUACAAGUAUAGCUUGAAAUAUAUACAGUCCGUGUUCAGGCAAUAAAAUUGCCUGUUCAAAACCGAUCAAACUGCUGUCCUAUAUAUAUAUAAGUAUAUAUUUAUAAAACAUAAAUCAAUGAUUGGGCAAUUGAGGUAUUAUUCUCAUGAUAUAUUUAAAACAAAGUGGCGCGCUAUUCUCGUACGCUCAGCCUGAUCUUGAGCCAGUUAUACGACGUCGAGCAGUAAGACAGCGGUGGUUGACAAAAAAGUUCGUUUUCAGACGCGGCUCAAGUGGCUUGUUAUACCUAACGUGCACGGUUCACAAAGUAAGCAUGUAUUUUUAGGCCGGGCCUAGCAAGUGCUUGUGAUAUAGGAGUACAAAAAUAUAUAUAUACAGUAUAUAAAUAUAUGUACUCAAUGUGUAUAUAACAUGAAGUUUCUAGUUGAUGUAGAUAGCUCAGCUAUUUGAAAUUGUGUAUAAAGAUAUAUUGAUGACAUAUUAAUUAUAGUUAAGGCCAUUUGUAAUCUUUUGCAUGGCGUGGGAAGAAAUAUGGAAGAAAUAUUCCU